AGUACAAUACCCCUUUCAAAUAAACAAAUUUGUUGCUUCUCUAUCAAGCCAUGCAACGUUAUUUUUCAACUGUGGCCAAAAACUACCUAACUUCCUCGUCCAAAAUCCUCAGUCGUCGCAACGAUAUCCGAUCCUUAUCGCGCCAAUGUGAUGUCUUCAUAAACCACCGUGGCGUCGACACGAAACGUAACAUCGCCGGAUUGCUUCAUGACCAUUUUUCUAGAAUAGGUCUUCGCCCAUUUUUAGAUAGUAAGAGCAUGAAACCGGGGGAUAAAUUGUUUGGUGAGAUUGAAGAAGGUAUUCGGAGUUGUAAGGUAGGACUCGCGGUGUUCUCACCACGGUAUUGUGAAUCCUAUUUUUGUUUGCAUGAACUUGCCCUAAUGGUGGAGAACAAAAAGAAAAUCAUUCCAAUUUUCGUGGACGUUCGACCGUCUCAACUUCGUGUUGAAUACAACUAUAGUUGCCCCAAGAAAGAGUUGCAAAGGUUCAACUGGGCACUUGGGGAAGCCAAAUACACUGUUGGACUCACUUUCGACACUGUCAACGGGGAUUGGUCGGAGCUGUUGAGGAAAGCUUCAAACGCCGUGAUUGAUAAUCUAAUCGUCGGCGAAGGGGCCGGAGAGAUGCCGGAUAAUUAGGUCACGUAAAUGCAUGCAGAGUCAAAAUAAGAAUUAUUCAAAUCAAUAUGUUCUUUCUUUUUUUAAAAAAAAAAUUCUUUGUUAUCAAUUACCUCUUUGUAAAAUAGGGGCUUUAAUUAACACAAAAAUUCAAUUUAAUUUGUUUAUUCGAGCCUAACA